AUGACAGACACCGAGAAACAGGACAUUAGGCAUAUGGGAUCAUGCGAACGCCUACCCAGUAUCCCAGAGGAUGUCCAGGAAAUUACAGUCGAGUAUCCUAGAGGAUGGAGACUAUUUUUGACCACAGUUGGUGUGCUAGCCAGCGUGUACCUCGUUAACCUGGAGGUCACCAUUGUCAGCACAUCACUCAUAAGCAUCACGAACGACCUCAAUGGUUUCGAGAAGACUAGCUGGAUCGCGACUGCUUUCUUGACAACAUACACUGCUUUUAUGAGCCUAUGGACAAGGUUCAGUGAUAUAACCGGCCGGAAGAAGGCUAUUAUUGCAGCUGAUAUCGUCUUUCUUAUGUUCUCAAUGGGAUGUGGAGCGUCUAAGACAGUGGACCAGCUGAUUAUAUGUCGAGCGUUCCAAGGCAUCGGUGGUGCAGGUGUAUACACACUUGGCGUCCUCUGUGUGUAUGAAUUAGUCGAGAAACCACGCCUUCCUCUCUUCGGCGCCCUGAUGGCAGUCACGAUUGCUCUGGCAUCCUUGACGGGCCCAAUAUUUGGAGGGGUUCUGACCGAGAAUUCAAGUUGGCGAUGGGUGUUCUAUAUCAAGUUGGGUUUGACAGAGAAACUGGAGCCUCCCACCAGGAGGACUGGCAGUUAUAUUACUAGCCCUGGGAAUGCCUGCGCAUUUUGGCUCUGCGAAGCCGCAGCCCCUUUCCGAGCUGAUGCCGAGUUGGCAGCUUUUCAGAAAAAUCGACUUCAUGGGCUCGUUUCGCAGCUCAGUGGCUCUCUACUCUUGGUUUCUGUGCUGAAUGAGGCCAACCAACAUUUUGAGUGGUCUUCCCCUACAGCUAUCACCCUCGUCGUACUGGCCUGUCUCUCUUGGAUUGUCUUCUUUGUAUGGGAAUUGUGUAUCGUGGCCAAUUGUUCUGGAUAUGAUCCCAUCUUUCCUAGACGUUUUCUUUCCAAUCGAGCCUGGAUCGGGAUACUGAUAACAACAUUUGCCAGUGGCUGUCCCUGGAAUGUGAUUAUUCUCUACAUUUCGCAGAGGCUUCAACUUCUAGUAAAGAUGUCGCCUCUAGAAGCCGGCAUCCAUCUUAUUCCAUUUUCCGCCGUCGCUACAGUGGCUUCAAGCCUGGCCUGUCUGUGUAGCUCAAAAGGCCGUGUUCCAUUCGUUUACACUACCCUACUAGGGUCUUUUCUCCAGAUCGUCGGCGUUACGUUGCUGUCGACCCUUCCUGAAUCCCCAACCUUUCCCACUGAGGGACCGGGAUACGAAGCCCUGGCGGGUCUAGGUAUAGGAACUACUAUUGGAAUCUUGAUAUUGGCGACGCCGUUUGUAGUCGAGGUUCAAGACCUAACAAAUGCAACCGGAGCUCUGACUCAAUAUCGUUUUCUGGGAGGCGCAAUUGGCCUUUCCGUUGCGUCGAAUAUCCUAAACUCGAGGUUGAAGAGCAAGCUGACUGGCGUACUGUCAUCGGAGCAGCUGCAGACUUUGCUUCAAAACCCAGCCAUGGUCAGCUCAUUUUCCCCUGACCUGCAAGGAAUCAUCGAGGCUGUUUUUAGCAGGAGCUAUACUAUCCAACUGAGAGCCAUGAUUGCGUUUUCCGCGAUGCAGGUGUUGGCUGCUCUUUUGAUGUUUAAACGUGGACGACAGCAUGCUGUGGCGUGA